GCGGUUAGUCAACACGCCGGUUCACGUCACUUCCGGCCCUCGUCAACGCUGUCAGUGUCAAAGCUAGCAGCAAGCAGCUUUACUUGAAUACAUUUCUGUGGAUAUUUCAGUCGCUAGUUUGAUUUCAACACGACGGAAUUGCGUGUUUAAAGGUCUGUGAAUGUACCCCUAAUGGGCAGUCUCUGACUUUAACGGUAGCCGCGCGAAUCGGUGCGUUUCACUUCAAAAUAACGGUCGAAGCUAAAGGAAGAACACGUUGUCGUCUUUGUCAGACAGCGGGCACACAGUCAGUUAAGUGGGUCGCUCGGUCAAGAAACGCCAUCUGGCUUUAGCACUGUUUUAGGGGACGAACAUUAAUCUCGAAACUCAGGAUGCCAUGCCACAAUCAGCAACUGAACAAUGUCAACAGUGGCCAGGAGCACCCAAUGAAGCAAGUACGAUUCGCAAGCAGCAGCAGCAGCAAUAGCAGCAGCAGUGUGCCUGCUGUGCUCUCCAACUCUGAACCAAGUGAUGCCUCCAUACAGCCUGUGAGCCAAGAUAACCUGGGACCCCAGCUUAAACUGCUCCCUCUGAAUGACCAGAUCCGUGAAUUACAGACUAUAAUCAGAGACAAGACAACCAGCAGAGGAGACUUUGUGUUCUGUGCUGAUCGACUGAUCAGACUAGUAGUUGAAGAGGGCUUGAAUCAGCUGCCCUACUCAGAGUGCACUGUGACCACGCCAACAGGGUACAAGUAUGAAGGUGUCAAGUUUGAAAGAGGCAACUGUGGAGUCAGCAUAAUGAGGAGUGGGGAGGCCAUGGAGCAGGGUCUCCGGGACUGCUGCCGCUCCAUCCGAAUUGGCAAGAUCCUCAUCCAGAGUGACGAGGAGACACAGAAAGCCAAAGUCUACUAUGCCAAGUUCCCUCCAGAUGUGUACAGAAGAAAAGUGCUGCUCAUGUACCCCAUCCUUAGUACGGGAAACACUGUGAUCGAGGCGGUGAGAGUGCUGAUAGAGCACGGAGUCCAGCCCAGACAUAUCAUCCUCCUCAGCCUCUUCUCCACGCCUCACGGAGCCAAAUCUAUAAUCCAGGAGUUCCCAGAUAUCACUAUCUUGACCACGGAGGUUCAUCCAGUGGCUCCGACGCAUUUCGGUCAGAGGUACUUUGGCACCGACUAGGGCAACCCGAGGAACAUGAUCUGCAGAUUGCUUCAAGUAUAUUUUGUCUUGUUUAUUUAAAUGUACCUCAUGUUCUCCUCGUUGUGCCAAAUACUGCUCCUUCAUCUCCAAAGUUCCUAAACUGACAAAAAUUAAUCUGAUCAAAUGUAUUUAUUAUCAUGUUUUUUGUUUUUGCUGUGUAUACUCAUGCUAAAGAAAGAAAACACUGAAGCAUAUAAAGAGUUCAACUUGGAUCAUUUUAUUCUGCAUGUUACAACAACUGAUGGAAAAUAAAGACUUUAUAUUUGUUAACAGACAAGA